UGUUGUGUUUUAUAUGAAGUUAAAGAAAAGCCAAGUCAGUAAAGAAAAAGUGAAAAUUUGAGGAAGACGUAAAUUGUUUAUAAAAUAGAAGAUAUUGAAGAGUGUUUUUUAUUUAAUUUGAAGAAGCGGAGUACAAGCCUUCAAUUUGUAAAAAAUCAUAAUAUUGCAAAAUGAUAAAUUCUGUCCAAUAUAAUAAUAAGGAGGGCGUACAACUGGGUUCGGAAGGAUCUCCACCAACGGCGCAAUUCCCAACUAGCACGGUAAAAGUAUUGUGCACACAUGAUGGAGUAUUACUACGGAGAGGCAGUGUAGAACACAUAGCAGAUCUGAAUACAAGUGGUUCACUAUCGGUCAUUAGUUAUGAUACACCGCGACGUCUAUAUAUUGAAUGGCGACCAAAUGAUAGCAUCCUUGUUGCCGAUGAUAGUCAGGAUUGGGCAGUAGUGGACACAAUUCCAAGACGUUCGCGCACAAUUUCCGAAUGUAAAGCAUUCAAUAUAAAGGCCACUCCAGAAACGAUAGCAUCGAACAAACCACGUUUAAUACGCACCCUCCUUGAUAAUUUGAGUUCAAUAAUUGUAAAAGACCGUGGCCAAGUAAUAUGCUUUAUUCAGAAAGUCGACAAUAAUGUGAACAGUGAAUUCUUUUUCCAACACGGCAAUGCUGAUCAAUUUUUAAAAUCCAUGUGCGAUCAACACAUAAUUGAACACACAUACAGUAGGUUGGAUGGAAGUGCAGAGUAUGCAGUACUCAAUACGGAAACACAACAAUUAAAACGUACAUUUGCCGAAUUAAACAUCGAGGAUCUAAAGAAUACAGAAUUAAAGAAAGAUAAAGGAUGGGUGAAGAAUACGUGGACUGGUCUACUAGUAACUUUACCUGACAUAGCCUCGGGUGUUAAGGGUAGUGUUCCUAGAAAUUAUACCAUGCGUAAUAAACACAUAGGUAACAAUGAUGAAAUUCGUAGCUGUAACAGCAGUGAGAGCCAGUCACCGGUAGAAGGUGAGCUUGAAAACGUCAAAGAAGAGGAUGAGAAGGUAGUCAAUACAUUGCCAGAUCGUCCAAUGGUUGAGAGAAUUAAGCCGUUAAAUGAAGCACAGUGGUUGGAGUUCCAGUCUGCAGAUGGUCGCAUUUCUGAUGUUUCCGGAAUAAAGAACCUUAUUUUUCAUGGUGGGAUUCACUAUAAUUUACGCGCCGAAGUUUGGAAAUAUCUGCUCAACUAUUACCAAUGGGAUGAAACUGAAGUUGAACGCAUACAACGAUACAAACAAAAGUCUAAAGAAUAUUAUACAAUGAAAGCCCAAUGGCUAUCAAUGACUGCUACACAAGAAGAGCAUUUCAGCGGUUUUCGUGAUCGUAAAUGCCAAAUCGAAAAGGACGUUAAACGUACAGAUCGUACACUGGAAUUCUUCGCUGGUGAAGAUAAUCCAAACUUGAUGGUACUACAAGGCAUACUUAUGACUUAUGUAAUGUACAACUUUGACUUGGGCUACGUCCAGGGUAUGUCUGAUCUGCUAGCACCCAUACUCUCCAUUCAGGGCAAUGAAGUCGAUGCAUUUUGGUGUUUUGUCGGUUUUAUGGAUAUGGUGUUUGCCAAUUUUGACAUGGAUCAGGCUGCAAUGAAAACACAAUUUAACCAAUUACGUCGUUUAGUAGAAUUUUGCAAUCCACGUUUUUUUAAAUAUAUGGUCAUGCAAGAGGCUGACAAUAUGUUCUUUUGCUUUCGCUGGCUGCUUGUUUGGUAUAAACGUGAAUUCUCCAACGACGAUGUGCUGAAGCUGUGGGAGUGCCUUUGGACUGGACUACCCUGUCCCAAUUUCCAUUUAUUCAUAUCAGUGGCCAUAUUAGACCAACAAACCGAUAUAAUUAUCGAAAACAAAUACCAGUUCAAUGAGAUUUUGAAGCACAUCAACGAACUAACGAACCGCAUCGAUGUGAAGCGAACUUUGGAAAUCGCUGAGGCAAUUUAUCUGCAAAUCAAGGCGAUAGAUGACCUGCCUAACGAUAUUCGUCAGAUUAUUGGAGAGCCGAUUUCAGACUCCGAGAAUGGCGAAGAACACUCUGGCACUGGCACUGAUUUUGCCGAUGAAUUAUAUGAAUUGGUACGCAAACCAGAAAACGAAAAGCGAAUGGAAGAGCAAUUCGAAGAAGCGUGUGAACGUUCCAUGUUUCUUAACUACACAUAAACAUUGUGGUUCCUUAAACCACUAUUAUAUAUCAAGUUUAGUUGCUAAAUAUAAUAACGACUCCGUGUUUUUUAAGCAAAACUACCGCAACGAUCAGUUGACAAUGAGUGCCCUUUUUUACAUUGUGUUAUGAGUAAUAUUUUUUCAAUUUUCUAAGGUUAAUUUCGCCUUAAGUUGUAUUCGCGUAAUCGAUGUUAUCAGCAAGUAUAAACAUGUAUAGUGGUUUUUAAGUAACCCAACACGAAA